CCAUUGUUUUUUUCUGUGUAAUUAAUCAAUGGAGGGGAGGGAACCUAAACCUGAUGAUGCCACCAUGAAAAAACCUCUCCUAGUAAUAAACUGCAUCAUCCUUUCUAUAGGCAACUGCGGCGGUCCGCUUAUAGCGCGCCUCUACUUCAUCCAUGGCGGUAACCGAGUCUGGUUCUCGAGUUGGCUCCAGUCCGUCGGUUGUCCCAUCAUCUUACUCCUCAUCGCCUGUGCUUACAUGUACCGUUCUAGGACGUCCGAAUCCACGUCUGAAAACAAGCUUUUCUACAUGAAACCACCGUUGUUCAUAGCUUCCGCCUUCAUCGGAAUCCUGACUGGACUUGACAACUACUUUUACGCCUACGGCUUGUCUCGUCUUCCCGUUUCGACUUCCUCUUUAAUCAUCGCCUCGGAGUUGGCUUUCACCGCGGGGUUUGCUUUCCUGCUGGUGAAACAAAAGUUCAGUGCUUACUCCAUAAACGCUGUGUUUUUGUUGACCAUAGGGGCAGGUGUUUUGGCUUUGCAUUCAAGCAGCGACCGGCCUGAGAAUGAAUCGAACAGGGAAUACGUGUUAGGGUUCUUAAUCACCAUAGCCGCAUCUGCUUUGUAUGGAUUUAUAUUGCCUUUGGUGGAAUUAACGUACAAGAAGGCAAAUCAAGAAAUCAGCUACGCACUUGUGAUGGAGAUCCAGAUGGUGAUGUGUUUGUUUGCUACUGGCUUUUGCACUGUCGGCAUGCUGGUCAACAAUGACUUCAAGGUAAUUGGAAGGGAGGCAAGGGAAUUCGAGCUGGGGGAAACAAAAUAUUACGUUGUUGCGAUCAGCGGUGCAAUAAUAUGGCAGUGUUUCUUCUUGGGAGGAAUAGGAGUAAUCUUUUGCGGUUCAUCUCUGCUGUCGGGCAUUGUGAUUGCUGUUGGGUUACCUGUUACAGAGAUUGUAGCAGUGUUUUUGUACGAUGAGAAGUUUGAAGCAGAGAAGGGUGUGGCACUUGCUCUUUCACUCUGGGGCUUCCUUUCCUACUUCUAUGGUGACAUCAAGCGAAUGAGGAAAACUAAAGCACCUCCCCUAACCCACAUGCAAUCAUCUGUGUCUCUCAAUCGUCUCCAAAACACUGUUUAA